UGAUAAAGUAAAAAAAAAACAUGGGAAUUGGCUCUUUUCUUGUUUCGCCCCCCAACCCAGCGCAGCAUUCGAGCCGUCCAACAACAACUUUGGAAAAUGUCAUGUCAUAUGUGUGGCCAGAUGAGAGUUCAAAUUCGCACAAGAAACGGCAAAAAAGAGUGACGAAGUCGUCUGCGAGACGGAACAUUGUUGAAUGAAAUUGCAAUUUUUAACCAACACACAGCUGCAAUUAUUAUUCUGUAAAUAACCUUUUUGUAACAAUUGCUAAUUAGUCAGCAAUUCGAGGAAAGAGAGGAUUUUGCAGAAUUGGGAAUAAUAGCGAAUCCUUAUAAAAUUUUUAGUUAUUAAUUGUGAAAUUAAGUAGUUGAUCGAGUUAGUGAGUGCUAUCGUGGUGGUGGUGGGUGGUGUAGUAGAGGGGACAACGAGAAAAGGGCCUGAGUCACUGGAAGGAAGGACCAUCUUUCGUUGGGUGAGAAGAAGAAGCAAUGUCACAAUUCCUCUUUGAGGGACACUAUCGUCGAACGCCGCGUCAAACUUUGGGUGGAAAUUCGCGAGCGUCGGAAGACCGAGGAUCCCUCAUUCAACGGGCAGAUGCGGAAAGGAAGCAGAGAGAGAGAGAACGCCAAGAACAAGCCUCAAUUCUCAAGCUGCAAGGAUUUUUCCGUGCUUGUCUUGACAGGAAACGGAUCCACGCCGCAUGGAGGGUGGAGUUUGACCAGAAGAAAAAGUUGCAGUUGAACGAUGAAGAAUUCCUCGCCCAAAUUUUUCGCCUCAACCUAUUUUACCGGAAUGAUAAGACCGAAGACACGUCGAGACUGUUGGAACUUGGAAAAUUGUUGCUUACCAAGUACCAACUUGUUACAGGCGCUAUGAAGACAAAUAACACGGUGGCGUUUGCAAUGAAACAAAUAAUUCACAAGUGCCUGCGCUGUUUGAACAUGCCUAACGUUCCGUAUGCGGUGUUACUUAGACUGAUUGAGAUCUACACGGAUGCCUCGAAAUAUACGGAUAAUAAUCCUUCCGAACCUUCUUCCGAACCUCCUCUCCUAAAGGACGACAUAGUCAAACUAAUUUCUGGCAUUUGGCUCUUUCUGGUGGAAGAAGCCGAUUUAUUUGUGACUUAUAGAAGAUUUUUGGAUCAUAAAAUUCCUCCCAUGCAAUCAGAAGCGGAGCAGGAAAAUAGGAUUACGCAAAACUAUGACUAUUUGCUCGUGUAUAAACGUGUCCUCCAUCUCAAGACAGACUUGAAGAAUAGAAAUUUACAAAUUUCCAUGAAGUCAAAAGUGUACGAUUCUGAGGCUGCAAUAGACUUGAUAAUGGCCAAGUUUGCAGAAUCCUUUUCUGAAAAUGUUAUCCCGUUGGAAGGCAAUAAUGGCAUUGCGGCGUACUUUAUACUUCCCCGAUUGUCUAAUUUUAUUCCAUGGGAAGAGUGGGUAAAAACAGCACCUUUGUCAAAGCUGGCUGGAAAAUCGGAUGGGAGUGGAAUGCGCCAUAUAUUUUAUGUUACUCUUCUCCUCAUGCGCAACAUGACUUUGACGGACGCAAAUAUACCGACAUUCCUCAAAGCUUUGAAUGAGCUGCGUCCCUCGAUAGAUCCAAUAUUUGGCCCUGGCGUCUCAAAUCAUGGCCUUACCCGAGAAAUCGAAAACAUUGAUGAGGAAAUGGACAUUCUUGAUGACGAAGAUGAAAUGGAGACUGAUGAGAAUUUUGCGAAACACUCCAAUAAUAUUUAUCUACAAGAGUGUCGAGUGAUUUAUGCAGCUUUAAAGUCAGUUUUAAACAAGGCUGAAAUCGCUUCAUGGCUUUAUCCAUUUCAACUCCACAAGUGGAAACUAAUAACGGAAAUAAUUAGUUGUGUAAUCAGACUAGAGCCGAAAUUAUCUACGAUUGAUUUCAACUUUUUGUCUUCAAUGUCCUAUCGGAGAGACUAUGUACGCUCCUUGUGUUUGCAUGUAAUCGGGACACCUAUUCUACCGGAGGACGACCUUUUAGCCUUCUGUUGGUUCAUUUCCCAUCUCUUGGGGACGCUCCACGAUCCCGAAUUUCUCACUGGAAUACCCGUCCAGAAGGAAGAACUUGUCAGACUAGUGGUGGUAUUUAGAGAUUUGUUUAGCGAAAAAGUUAUGAAAGAAUCGGCGUGGGCUGGGAAUGCUCCAGGCGCUUCCGUUCUUGCAAUCACUGGAGUUUUGAUGAAACUUCACGAUCGUAAUUCCAGAAUGAAUCUCUUUCCUGAAGACAUUUUUAUUUCAAACACUCUGUCCAAAAUAUGUCCUGUGGAGACACAUUCCAUCCGAUUAGAAAGUUUGACCUCGGAAAAGUUGCCAAAUGAUCUCACUCCAAUGGAAGAAAAACUUUUCAAGAUUCUUAUGUAUUUCCCUUUCGCCUUGUCGUUCCAUGACCGGGUCAAAGUGUGGAAUCGUCUACUCGAUUUGGACAAACAGACGAACGAACCAUUUCCAACUGCGGGCCGAGAAGAUAUACAAAUUCGUAGGAAUUACAUUUAUGAAGAUGCGUUCGAAAAAUUGUCUCCAGAAAACGUUCCCGAUCUACGGCGACACAUAAGAAUUUCUCUCGUCAAUGUGGUUGGUGUUUUAGAAGCUGGGAUCGAUGGGGGUGGUCUCUUAAGAGAAUUUUUAACCGAAUCUACUAAAGCAGCCGUUGAUCCGAAUAGAGGAUUAUUUAGAUUUGACUCACAAAAUAGAAUUUAUCCAAACCCCAUCGCUAAAAAGUUGAUGUUUGAUUUCCGAAAACAUUUUUAUGCCGUUGGGAGACUGGUUGGGAAAGCGUUGUAUGAACAAACCCUCUUGGAACUUCCCAUCGCUGCGUUUUUCAUCCAGUAUUGCAUUGAGGGAAAGGUUACAUCGGCGGUGGACUUUUUAGCAACAUUGGAUCCGGCUUUGCACAAGAAUCUGUUGACACUAAAAACAUUCAAGGGCGACUUGAACACGAUGGGAUUGGAUUUCACCAUCGCUGCUGAAGAAUUAGGAGAAACCCGAAUUAUAGACUUGAAACGGAAUGGGAAAGAAAUUUCUGUCGAUAACACCAACGUGAUUGAAUAUAUUCAUCUCGUCGCGGAUUACAGAAUUAACAAAGAAAUGGAAGACGAAUGUCGCAAUUUUCGUGCCGGUAUGCUCGACGUAGUUCCAAGUGUUCGAAUGUUUUCAUGGAAAGAACUCCAAACGUUAAUAUCCGGUUCUGAUAAGCCAAUUAAUAUCGACGACUGGAGGGCGAAUACCAAUUAUGGAGAUAACUUUUCCGACAAUCAUGCAACAAUUCAAAUCUUUUGGCAGGUUGUCCGAAGUUUUGAUGAAAAGUGCCUUAGGAUGUUGCUAAAAUUUGUCACGUCCUGUUCUCGACCUCCUCUUCUCGGGUUUAAGGAUCUCGUACCUAAAUUUGGGAUUCAAAACGUCGGCAAAACAGAUCGAUUACCGACUGCCUCCACUUGUAUGAAUUUACUCAAACUACCUGAAUUCACGGAUUUUACCACACUCAAAGAGAAACUGAUGUACGUGAUCAAUGCUCACGCCGGAUUCGAACUGUCCUAAUUUCACCGUGUCAAACAAAUUCUUGUGUUAAAAACCUACCGUUUGAAAUGGGGAACAAUGAUGCUUUAAUCAAGUUUAUUUAUCAUGAAUCAGUCACUCAUCGAUCAACAGCAACUAUUAAUACUACAAAACAAACAGUUGUAAUCAGUGUCCCUUCCUUGUAUAAUAACCCUGUACAAAAAACCACUACUAUACAACCACCACCACCAUCAUUAUUUAGAUAUGAUGACUUUUCUAAGGAUAAGCUUAAAUAUCAAAACGUGAACAAACUCAAAUUCGUAGUAGUAACAAACAACGAAACCUUAGUGGAGCUGGUUGUAAAAAAUAUAUGUUUAGUAGAUAUGCAUGUGUUGAAAUUUCAAGUUGUGAUAUACAUACGAUAACUCGCAGUGGCGUAUUAAAAUUCCAGAAGAAUAACUUUACGACGAGGACACACACGACGCUUCGUAAUAAAUUGAUUGUGAAACUA